AUGGACCGCACAGGAGGAACGGAAGGAGGCGGAGGGGAGGAAGGAGAACCGCUGGAUUCCCACGCCCUCUUCGGCUCCUGUCCUCCCACGCUCUGCACCUUCUUCACCAGUGAAUAUGAUGCACUCCCUGAGGAAUUCCCAUUGGUCCCUGAGCUCACAGCGUUCACGCUCCCGUUGGACACGCCUGGCCCUCCUCUUUCCUUCCUCCACCGCCUGAUGCUCUGUUCGGCCGCUGUAGCGAAACUUGGACCCCAAGAGAAACGGGAAGCGCUUCCUCACUCCACCCUGAGGAAGCGCCUGGAGACGGAAAAACCCGUGGUGUUCCACGCAGCUCUUCCACAAACUCUUGCAGGAACGGUACGUGAGGAGAUUGAAGACAAGGAUCGAAUCGAAGUCCUCUGCAAGCUCUCGACGAAGCGUCAUCAGGAAAUACUUGCGUUUGAAGCUCAGCUUGAUGAUCUUGGCCCACGAGAACAUAUUGAUCCGUGUGGAAUUCUGGAACACCACCUAAGGACUCAAAAAGCAACAAACCAGGCCAGUGGAGGUAACACCAAGGAAGAUCUCCAGAUUGUUGGCAUCCCUGGCAGGACGGAGGUCCACCCCAUACAACUCCAAGCGCUUGACGUUCUCCAGGAACCGAUACUCGGCAUCUGCUGGAGUCAGACCCCUGAAACAGAGACAUCUUCACCAUUCUGCGACAUCACCCAGGCAACUCAUGGCGAUGGAGUUCCGAGAUCUUGGCUUCCAGAUCUUCACUUUGGUCGGGGAGAAGACGGAGAUGAUGAAGAUAUCCUGAACCGUCACCAUGAAUCUGGGAUGCUCGGAGGCGAUCUUGGGUUCAAAGUCGGAUUAAACUUUCUGCCAUAUGGCAUUCUGCAGGAGCUUGGGACGAGUGCGGGACACGCGCUCUCUCCUUGGGGCAAAUACUCUCUCCUGAGAGCACCUCGAGAGCCUGGAAUCCGCUCGCACGGGCUCCUGAUUCUCCAAGGUAUCAUUCUUACUCUUCUCCGUUCAUAUGAUUCAUUCACGCCGAAACCCGAACUAACGGCCCCGCUGAAAUCAUUUUUCCUUCGAAUUCGGAAAACUGGUCCGCACCGGUUGGCAACCCUGCGACGACCAAGAGAAGCAGUUGGCGUUCAACUCGAAUCGGUGCCAAAUCCUCGUGGUUCCCUGGGAGCGGAGGCAUUAAGUUUUCUGGUAAAGAGCACCAUGGGACUGUGCCAUCAGGCUGUGGUUGACUGGUUCAACCUAUGUUGCGAUGUCCCUGCAGAUCAGGAAGAAUCACGAAAAUGGAUGAGACUCUUCUUCGAGGGAAACGGAAAGCAAACAAAGGACGUCUGCUACUUGGAGAUCGAGAACCAGAGGCAGGCAAUGAGAGCUCCGAGGAUGCAGAUCUGGUUGCAGAUGUUGCCGACGUUCCUGGGGGAAGGAGAAAUUAUGGACAGUGCAUUGAAGGUCCUUGGGUCUUUGAACUUGCCACAAAGCUGGACAGCGGAAAAAAAAGGGAGCCCAAUGAAGAGCCCUAAGAAGACCUAUAUCAACAGUCCAGUGGGGGAGUACAUUCGGGACCGAUCUCACGUGGUGCCUCUCCUCCGAAAUGUCUACAUGAAGAAUGACCACCAGCAACCCAUCAGAUCAUCUCCACACAACCCCACCAUGUGCCUUACUCUCAUCGAGCAAGGCCGCGGUUCGCCAACGUGAAUGUUCUUCGGCGCCAGGCUCAGAGACCGCUUGGAGUGUCUGACGAAUAGGCCUAGUUUUUAUGUGAUCGUGUGAUUGACCGAGCAUUUUCUUCCCGUGGCAGUGAUUGAUGGUAAAUGCCAAUAUCGAGCCAGAAGAGAGACUUUAUUUUGUAAACCCGCAGGCCACACCCAUGAAAAAAAAUCCAGAGCAAAAAUAUACCCCUCUGUUGCCAUUAGAAUUCUUUGCAGAAAUAUAUGCAUGAAAAC